AUGGGCCUGAUCUGGCUGCUGCUGCUCAACCUGCUGGAGCCCGGCUGGCCGGCCGCGGGCCCCGGGGCGCGACUGCGGCGCGAUGCGGGCGGCCGCGGCGGCGUCUACGAGCACCUCGGCGGGGCGCCCCGGCGCCGCAAGCUCUACUGCGCCACCAAGUACCACCUCCAGCUGCACCCGAGCGGCCGCGUCAACGGCAGCCUGGAAAACAGCGCCUACAGUAUCCUGGAGAUCACGGCGGUGGAGGUGGGCAUCGUGGCCAUCAAGGGGCUCUUCUCUGGACGGUACCUGGCCAUGAACAAGAGAGGACGGCUGUACGCUUCGGAGAGCUACAGCGCCGAGUGUCAGUUUGUGGAGCGGAUCCACGAGCUGGGCUAUAACACCUACGCCUCGCGGCUGUACCGCACGGCGCCCAGCGGGCCGGGGGCCCAGCGCCAGCCCAGCGCCGAGAGACUGUGGUACGUGUCCGUGAACGGCAAGGGCCGGCCUCGCAGGGGCUUCAAGACGCGCCGCACGCAGAAGUCCUCUUUGUUCCUGCCCCGCGUGCUGGACCACAAGGACCACGAGUUGGUGCGUCUGCUCCACAGCGGGGCCGGGCUCCGCGGCGGCCCGCCCAGGCCCCCUGGCAAGGGCCCCCAGCCCCGGCGGCGGCGGAGGCAGAGGAAGAGGAGCCGGGGGGACCGGGCAUAG